GUUCGAGGGUCAUUCAUUGCUCCUCUUCUGAGUCUCGGCUUUGCUCUCCAUGUGUUUUGGAUCACAGCAUGAAUGGACUGUACCCUUGACAAGUACCGCUCCUUUGAUUCACCUGAAGGACUGAAGGCUGUUGAUGGUAGCGCAAGGGAUUGGGCCCGUCCGCGGGAAUUUUCUCGGUUUCUUGGGGGCGUGUGCGCAUGGAUUCCUCCUGACGACGAGCCCUCAGCACGGAACCGCUGUAUUGGACACAUCUCCAAGUCUCCAACCAAUCGUCUGGGCUCCUCUCGGACCCCAACCUGGCUCCACACCUUCCCCAGAGCAGCUCUGCGGUGGCCAGUAUGUCCAAUGACCCCCCUGAAACCACCUUUUCCCCCAGGGCAGAAAAGAGCCCCCACUCACCCCAGCCUGGUCUUCUGCAAACAUCUUCCUGUGUGCAGACUGAGGCGCACGAGAAGCACGGCCUUGAGGAUAGGCCUUUGGCUUUGAGCCAGGCAGACAAUGCCAUCUUCAGGCCAGACAUGGUGGCUACGGAGAGAUUCCGCCGGCACAGCAGUGAUGGGGCCACGGGCAUCCAAGAGCUGGUGCCAGGGGAGCCCCGGCGUUUCCACCCUUACCGUCGCCAGUACAGCGACCCCCCAGGCUUCCAGCAGCCCCUGGACCUCUACCAGGGCAUGGAGGUCCAUGAGAUUCUCCCUGUCACACAGCCCCAGCACCACCAGCCCAACAGCCCAGGAUCCUGGUCUCCAUCCAUGGGAUCUGUUCUGCAGGCGUCUAGGGCCGUGGGAGAGGAAGGCGAAUUUAUGGAUGCUCCAGAGGAGUCUUCAUGCUACCCCUCCCAGAUAAACACCGUCUCCCUACCCCCCCUGGAACAGGUCCCAGUGGAUUUUUACUCCCAGGCAGCACCAUUGAGAGGCUCCCAGUAUAACUUCCAGCGCGUUGCCCCUGCCGUAUCCCAGAACACCCUGCUGCACACUCUCUACCCCAAACCCAUCUACUCCUACAGCAUCCUUAUCUUCAUGGCACUGAGGAACAGCAAGACUGGGAGCCUCCCAGUGAGUGAGAUCUACAGCUUCAUGACAGAGAACUUCCCCUAUUUCAAGACGGCCCCUGAUGGCUGGAAGAACUCAGUCCGUCACAAUCUGUCCCUCAACAAGUGCUUCGAGAAGGUGGAGAACAAGAGCGGCGGUGCAUCCCGCAAGGGCUGCCUGUGGGCCUUGAACCCGACCAAGGUGGAGAAGAUGCAGGAGGAGCUGCACAAGUGGAGGCGCAAGGACCCACACACCGUGCGCAGGAGCAUGGCGCGGCCCGAGGAGUUGGAGCGCCUCCUAGGGGAGAGACCGCAGAAGUGGAAACUCUCUGAAGUGCACAGUUAUGGUCAGACUCUGCUCCCAAGGGGAGUGUCACCCUGCUUCCCCACCCUACAGCAGAGGUUGUCAGGCCACGUCUUACGACAUUCCCAACAGGGCUCUGCCUUUCCUCCAGCCCAGCAGAGCCAGUCCCCAUGGCCGCAUGAUGACCAGCAUCUGCAUCAUCGUCCCCCUGAGCACAGUGCCUUCCCAUACUACCCCCCAAGCCGGCCUUGUAUGCUGGAAACUCACCUUCCCUACAGCACCGCCCUACAGGCAAAUAGUGGAACCCCCCAAAGCAUGCAGGAACUGCUGCUGGAGGGGGAGACGAGCAAUGAUGUCGAUGCGCUGAACCCCAGCCUCACCGACCUCCAGCUGCAUGGUCACCUUUGGGAGGAACUAAAGGAUGACAGCCUGGCGUCCGACUCGCUGCUGGUCAUGGCCAGUUCGCCACCCCAUGUGAGCAGCUGCAUGCACUUCGCAGGCUCCGAAGCAGGAGAGCCUGAGGCUGUGAGUGACCUCCCCACACAGGAGAACGGCAGCCCGUCCAGCGUGCACAUCUCGGGACUCUACUCUGCCACCUUCACAAACCUGGACUGCUGCGUACCAGGAACCCCUCCUCCAGCAGUCAUGGGACGAAGCCCCGGGGGGUCCGAUUACUCCCCAGGCAGCAGCGGGACUUACAGGAGGCAAAACUCAUCACGUCCAUCACCAGCACCCAUCACCAUCACACAAUAGACUCCUAAACCAUGUGGCCUAUGGUCCUUAUUUACGCAUUUUUAUUACAUUGUUAGUAGACAAAGGAUGAGGAAUGGACAACACAGCAGCACUUCCACAAGGGGGCGGUAUGGUUUUUUUUAUAUUUCCCAUUCGUGUGCCUCAUAGCACAGAAUGUAUCAAGCAAGUAGAAAAUAAACAAUUUCUGAUGUUUCA